AUGGCGUCAAACGAAAUACCGAACGAAGCCCCUCCAUCAUAUGCGCAAGCGACCGGAUCAUCGAGCAGUUCCUCAAGACCGGCAGCAGGCGCCAGCUCGAGUCAAAAUACCGGAUCGCAUCUGAACGUACCAGGCGCAUCAUCUAGUGGCAAGAAUGGCAUACCUGCAGAUUACCGGCGGUCGAUGGAAGACGAAAUGCGCCCACUGCCAGAAGGCUGGGUGAGAUCGUACGACGACAAAGCACAUCACCAGUUCUUCGUGGACAUUACCAAAGAUCCACCCAAGAGCCAAUGGGUUCACCCUUACGAUUCCGAAGAAUACCUCAGCACGCUUUCAACCGAGGAGCGCGAACGGAUAGAACAGGACAGCAUGAACAGAGGCAAGCACACACCCUCGAAAGAGGAUAUAAUAGCGGCACAUUCAGACGACGAUGAUGACCAUCACCACUCCGCAGCGGCUGCAUCCUCCUCCUCAUCCGCACACCCCGAGCUCCCACCACGUCCCGACGGCAAAGGCAAAGCAGCCGAUCGAACAUUUGGGCGCAAGCUCAAAGACAAGCUCACUGGCAUGUCACAUGAAGAGCGCGUGCAAGACCGGAAAGUUAGGGCGGAGCAAGAGCAGAAGAUGUACGAGCAACAUAUGCGGGUGAGGCAGGCUAUGGCGCAGGCGAUGCAGACGGGCCAGCCACAGUACCUGGGCAAGGACAGGGAUGGGAAAAACGUGUAUGUUGAACCGCCUGCGCCUCCUGCUGCUGGAUAUGGCUAUGGUGGCGGAUACGGAGGUGGAUAUGGAUACAAUGGCGGUGGCUAUGGAUACAACCCGUAUCGUGGUCCGCAAGGAGGGCCCGGUAUCUACUCAACACCAAAUGCCCGCUACAUCAGACCCCAGCAACCGUACGGCAGACCAGGCUACGGAGGCGGAUACGGGCUUCCACUGGCUGCAGGUAUUGGAGGCGGUCUGUUGGGUGGCCUGCUUCUGGGCGACUUGUUGUUCUAA